AUGUAUCUUUGGAAGAUCAUGAGGAGUUUUCCCUGGAACAAAAGCAAUCAGAGCAAGAAAAGAGUCCAGCUUUCCAAGGAGCACUGGCCACCCUCCACUGUCUCUAUGAGCGAAGGACCAGAGGACAUGCAGCUGCUGGGUCAUCUGGCUGCCCCAGAACGGGCAGGACACAGAGUCACUCCCUCAGAGAAGCAGCGUAGCACGGCUUUUCCAGAGACACACUGGGGCAGGCAAGGUGCUAGGCAGAAUUUUGAGGAUGGUUUCAGACGGAGGCAAGAAGGUCUCCAGCUCUGCUUCAGAAAUUACAGGACAAACAACAGGGAAUUGUCUAUUCCAUGUGGACGCCUCAUAAACAAAAAUGAGAAACACGAUGAGAAACUGGUAAUGUUCACCAAUCAGUCUGAAGAUUCUGAAAGAUGUGAAAGCAUGGAGCUGGACAAUAAAAUCCGGGAUCUGAUUGAGAGAAAUGCUUCUCCUGAUCCAAAAGGGGUCACCCCAGAGGCCCCACCAAGUCACAGAAAUUCAUGUUCUCCAAAGACUCCAGAGAAAACAGCUUCCAUAGCACAUUUUGUGCAGGACACAUUGAGAAUGAGUGCUGCAGAAAGUUCUACGGAGCAUGCAGAGUGUUCUCAAUCAUCCAGAAGAAAGAACUUGACAAAUUCUCUUGAACCAAAGAUAAGGUACUUGGAAAAACAGAGAAAAGAGCUCCUGGAAGUUAACCAGCAAUGGUAUCGGCAAUUUAGAAGUAUGAAAGACUUAUAUGAAAGACAGGUCGCGGAGCUGAAAACGAAACUGGACGCCGCCGAAAGAUGCCUCAGCACACAGGAGAGGGAGCGACAUCAGAGUCAGAGAGCGAGCGACCCGCAGCGCCACCCGACCCGGGACCCGCGGCAGCGGGAAGAGAAGGAAAAGGAAAGCCUAAAUGAAGAAUUACAUGAAUUGAAGAAAGAGAAUAAGCUGUUGAAGGAAAAAAAUGAUCUCGUGAACAAGAAGAAGGAAUAUUAUGAAUGUGAAAUAAAACGCCUCAAUAAGGCUCUUCAGGAUGCCCUGAAAAUCGAGUGUUCUUCAUUUUCUGAGGACUGUUGGGGGAGGUGUAAAGUGGAGUGCAGCCAUGAGGAGAUGAGAACAGAAAUGGAAGUUCUCAAACAGCAGGUGCAAAUAUACGAAGAAGACUUCAAAAAGGAGCGAUCAGAUCGAGAAAGACUUAAUCAAGAGAAAGAGGAACUACAGCAAAUUAAUCAAACUUCUCAAUCCCAGUUGAACAAGCUAAGUUCUCAGAUAAAAACUUGUCAGAUGGAGAAAGAAAAACUAGAAAAGCAAUUAAAACAGAUGUGUUUUCCAACCUGCCACUGCAACUUGGUUUUCCCCCUGCGGGAUGCACAGGUAGCAACAGGCCUUGGGGCUGUGCAGGAUCAACAGGAGCACACACCAGACUAUCAGUGGUAUGCUCUUGACCAGCUUCCGCCAGAUGUACAGCACAAGGCAAAUGGGCUUCCCAAUGUGCUUGACAUCACUGAGAAUUUUUUGCUGGGAGAAUCCACGUUACUAACUGAUGUUCCCGGGUCUGCUCUUUGCCGGCGCGCGUGUGCUCAGAUGGCCUCGAGGCCCCUUCUGCAGCUCGGGGGCCCCUUGCGUGCAGCCGUGGGACGGCGACCCCCGUGCCUCAGCCACACACGCUCCAGCCCCCUCCGCCCAGAGCCGCCUCUGCGGGCGGGAGCACCGCUGGCUGAAGCGGAAGAAAAAGGGAGCACGGAGUCAAAAGAAGACAGCCUUUCUCUUGAUGUCCCCCCUGAAAUCCAGCUCGUAGGGGUGCCUAAAAGAAAGAGGACGCGGCACCUCCCGGGGACAGGCAGGCUCUGA